CGCCGCCGGGACCCCUGCGCGCACCGCCCCUCGCCCCUAGCCACCGCGCGUCUCCGCCGACACGCACUUCCUGCGAGGCCUCCGAGCGCACCUUAGCCCGGCCGAAUCGAGCUGUGCCCUGCCUUGCCUUUCCAAGCUGUUCGCCAUGGUGGAUGAGCUGGUCCUGCUGCUGCACGCGCUUCUGAUGCGGCACCGCGCCCUUAGCAUCGAGAACAGCCAGCUCAUGGAACAGCUUCGGCUGCUGGUGUGCGAGAGGGCCACCCUGCUGCGCCAGGUACGUCCGCCGAGCUGCCCUGUGCCCUUCCCCGAAACGUUUGACGGCGAGAGCUCCCGGCUCCCCGAGUUUAUCGUGCAGACGGCGUCUUACAUGCUCGUCAACGAGAACCGAUUCUGCAACGACGCCAUGAAGGUGGCAUUCCUGAUCAGCCUGCUCACCGGGGAAGCCGAGGAGUGGGUGGUGCCCUACAUUGAGAUGGAUAGCCCCAUCCUGGGCGAUUACCGGGCCUUCCUCGAUGAGAUGAAACAGUGUUUUGGCUGGGAUGACGACGAAGAAGACGAAGACGAAGAUGAAGAAGAUGAUUAUUAGGCCCGGAGACCCUCGGGCCUAGGAGGGGGAAGGGCACUGCCCGCCGCCACCCCCCUGCCUCCCCGCCUCGCCCCGCCCGGAGCCACCGCGCUCCCCUAACGCUGUGAUCCCCUGGCCUUUCCCUCCCCUCUGGUUGUCUUCCUCACCCUCCACUCUCUGCCGUAGUGCUUGUCUUUGUUCCAGGCAUAGUGCUCUCCAGUCACCUGCUGAGGCUGGGGCGUCUCUGAAGUGCGCUCUGCUGCCCACUCUGGCCAGCCCCAGGACCCUCACUGCUCAUUAGAACUGUGUUCUGAGCCCCAGCUCUAGGGCAAGCCCCUCUUACAAACCGGUCAGCCUAUACUCUGCCCUGCCGACUGUCAGGCCUGCACCUCUGCCCAGCGACCUGCGCUGCCACCCAAGCACCCUCCAUCAGAUUCCAGCGACAGACCCGGCCUUUGGAGAUCAGGAGCAACCUAGAAUAUGCCUUUGUGGGCUACACCUCCUGGGACACUGAUUUGGACUGCUCACCAACAACUCCACCCCCCUCCCCAGGGGCUAAUCUUUCAACUUGAUUAAUUGUUCCCUACUAACUCCGAGUCUUCCUCGUGCCCGACGAGAUUGCUGCAGGAGCCCAUUGUGCCUGGCAACCCAAUUGUUGACAUUUCUCCUAUGCACCAGUUUUGCACACCUGUCAUCUUUGUUUCAAAAUUGCAGCAGUCCCAUCGAGGUGUGCAUUUGGACAAAAAUACUAAAAACCGAACAAUACAAACAAAAGCAGGUACUCAGCCCAGCUCCUCAAUGCUACCUGGAAAAAGCAUUUGCAUUCUUUUCAAUAAAUUUCAAGCACUACCGAAAAAAAA